AUUCAUUCAUUGAAGCUUUCGCCUUCUACGCUCUCUAUCAGCUCUCUGGUAAAGGUUUCAGAUCGAAGCGACAGUUUUCAUCAUCAAGCAAGUUAAAUGGUUGAUAUCGAGGCUCAUCAUCUCCCAACUGCUUUUGAUCCGUUUGGCGAGGCCGAGGCCAAGGAAUCGGGCGCCCCUGGAGCGAAAGAGUAUGUGCAUAUCCGCAUCCAACAGAGGAAUGGAAAGAAGAGUGUGACGACAGUGCAAGGGCUGAGGAAGGAGUACAGUUACGACAAGAUCCUUAAAGACCUCAAGAAAGACUUCUGCUGCAACGGUAAUGUCGUGCAGGACAAGGAAGGGGGGAAGGUGAUACAGCUCCAAGGCGAUCAGCGCAAGAACGUGUCCCAGUUUCUUGUCAGUGCUGGGCUCGUGAAGAAGGAUCGGAUUAAGAUUCAUGGUUUCUAGUACUUUACCUGGAUUGUCGAUCUGUGUGCAAUGAUAAAACUAUAGAUUAUACAACUAUAUUGCAGUACUGGUGUUGUUUGCCUUUUUUUUUUCUUUUUUUUUCUGAACUUUUCUUUUUGAAUUGAUUUCCAUGUCCAUAGUCAUGUCA